AUGACUUUAAAUAGUUUACAAGAUCCGAUCUGGAACUGCAUAAUUGAUCGAAAUAAUUUAGUUUCUGAUACUCAGCCGCUCUUUAACUGUCGUUUAAAUGGAAAUGAAUUAUCAAUUUUGAUUGUUCAUCAACCAGUGUAUAUAGGAGGUUCCUUUCUAUGGGAUCUUGUUGGUGCAAUCUGUUUGAAUGAUUUUUCCAUUGAUUUUCGUACUUCUGCCAACAAAACUUCACAAAUUACGAAUAUUCUUAUUCUUUUCACUUUUAUUAUAUCAGGAGUGUAUAUCAUUCUCAGAUAUACAGUUCUAUGCCAUUUCCAGAGGAAUUUUUCCGAUAUUGACUCAAAUGAAAAAAAUAAUUUGAUGGAAUUUGAAAAUAUUUUAAAGAUUUCCACGAAAAAAAGUGUUGUUGAGGAAGUACAUGCCAUGUCAUAUGAUCUCCUUCGUUCUUAUCAAACACUUUUCUAUCAAUCUCCCAAUAUCUUAUUAUCCAUCCACGAUAUGACACUUAGAGAGCAACUGACCACAAAAUUUUCAAUUCCUCAGGUUUACGAAACCUCCUCCCUCAGUUUUAGACGUUUUGACACUAAAGAUAAAACGUUAUUUCGCGGAGGACAAGUUGCUUUCAACAGAAUUGGAAGAAACUUUGUGGAGACCGACCACAUGUCAUCUGUUGUCAAUUUGUUCGUUGAAAUCAACUCAGAACUGUUGUUUUCGAACAAAUUAUUGAAAGAACUUUUAAGUACCAUAUUUUUCAAGUUUACGUUGUCAGAUCUCAAGCUAGUAGCCGAUAGUUUCAAUCUUAUUGCUUAUUUGAUGACGAAUGGCCUUCCAGCUGUUUAUACUGAUUGUGAUCUUUCGAUUUCGAUAUUAAUCGCAACGUUGUUGUACCACAUACUCAUGAGUAAAAGGUUUGAGCGAAAGACAGUCAAACAGAUCUAUUUAUUAGAGAAUGAUGAUGAAAUUUACGUUGAAGCUGAAAAUUUAAUGGAAAAUUUUAAAAAUAUUAGACUGGAAAGGGUAGAAAAUGACUUUAAGAGAUGGAAUAGAAUAUGUGAGACCAUUACUUCCUUCUUGCCGGCUUUGUUUUUAAGAGAUCAGAUAUCUUUACCAAAAAUGUUCAAAAACGUGACGAAAUUUAGAUCAGGAGUCUUGUAUAGGAAUGAAGAACUGAUGUAUUGCUCUAUUUUGAUAAUUGUUGCUCAAUAUUCUUAUUUUUUCCAUACGCCUGAAAAUUUUGACAAAAUUAGACUUGUUUUACAUAGAAAUACAACUCUCCCUGUUGAAGAAUUGGAGAGAUUCGAAUCUGUUUUGAAAAACGAAAUACUUGCGGAUUGCAUCACAUCUUUAGAGGCUGUUAUUGAUCCAGAUGAGUUUUUGGGACUUAUCCCUCAAUAG